GGCGCACUACAGCGUGCCAUUAACAAUGGUUAACAUUUCGCCGCUCCUCAAUCGCACGGUGGUGAACAACGUCGCCGUAUGGAGCACGUUCAUCCCAACGAAGGUGGCGGUCCGUAUCGUCGAAGCUGCAAAGGUAGCCGAGGAUGAGAUGCUGUGCUCGCUCGAGGAGAGCACACCGUACGCCAUCAGACGCGAAGACACGGCGGCGCUUGUGAAAGCCUACUUCACCGAAGCGGAUGAGACUAUCGUGGAUAAUAUGCAGGUCUCCCUGGUGUGCCCGCUUGCCAAGAGGAAGAUUCGGGUGCCAUGCCGUGGUGCCCGCUGCCAACACGCGCAGUGCUUCGAUGCCUACGCCUACCUGGCCCUCAAUGAAGGCACACUGCAUCCGUCCUGGAGCUGCCCCGUCUGCAGCAAUGAGGUCCUUCUCAAAGACAUGCGCGUCGACCUGUUCACGCUAGACGCCCUCCGCAAGGCUGACGACCAGUGUGUUGCUGUGAUCCUUCGACCCGAUGGCAGCUGGGUGCCGGGGACAGAAUACGACGACCACAGCGUCAUCACAAUUGAAGACAGUCUGGUCGCGGAGACCGAAAUUCCGCAACGCGAUCUGUCCGUCAUUGACUUGACGGUCGACUCCGACUAGACCCAAGGACUGAC